CAGAAGCGAUUGAAAUGCUAAAGCAAGGUAAUGAAGAGACGCCUAUUUUUAAUUCCAGCUAAAUUCCGUGCGAACGCUUUGUUGAAUAACAACAGCUUAGUUUAAAAGUUAUUUUUGCUUGCUUGCCCUCAAUUUAAAAGGCUUGUUAGAAAGCUAGAGACCGUUCGUGGCUUAUCAAGUCUCUGUCACCCUGCAGUUUAUAAGAUUGGCCUUCACUAUCCGUCCACUACGUUUCCUCGAAGAAUCGCUGUGUUUCGCUUUAAGUUUGUAUGUGGGGAUAUUUUCCGAGCCAUAAACUCAUUUAAAGGCGGGACCAAAUCGAAGUAAUUCCAACAUCCGAAAUUUAAAAAAUUUAGUUUUUUUUCUGUCUUUUUUGACAGACUUGUUGAUAUGGAUGACGGAGACGUUAUCACGCAUUAUUUUGUGCCUGAUGUGAAUCGGAAAUCCAGAUUGAGAAAGCGAGAUGAAUCGGAUUUAAUUAAAGAAAGAUCUAAUAUUGCGCCUAUACUUCGUGAGAUGAGAGAUGGCGAAUGGCAAAAAAAAGAGCUUGAUAGACUCAACAAACUUAUAAAUUCUUCUCAAUCUGAUUCGAGUAAUUUUUCGUCAUCUGAACCAAAGGACUCGAAAAAGCGUCAGAUCGAUUAUGAUUUACCUCAGCAGAAUGGGGGUGAAAGGGAUGCUGCAAGUGAAGAUAGUGCUGAGGUCGUUUGUAAAAAACGUAAAACCAACUCUGCGGAUUUUGUUCAGCACCGACUCAGGGAGCUCAACCGAUACAACAGAUCACAACGUCUCAAGCCUGAGUGGAUGUAUGAUCGCGCGAGUGUUGAAAUUAACUUAUUUGAUGAAAAGCCCUUUAGAGAGCUGAAGUUAAAUCCUUAUUUGGUCUCUAAUAUGGAAAAGAAGCUUGGCUACGAACGCCCUACACUAAUACAACGCAUGGCCAUUCCGACGUUAAUGGCAGGACACGAUGCAUUGAUUAAGGCUCAAACAGGAUCAGGGAAAACGCUUGCAUAUUUGAUUCCUAUUAUCGAGUUUUUAUUGUCGCAAUCUUCGAAUAAAGCUUUGGAUACCUCGUUGCCUAGCCAGACUGAAGCAGUUGAUAAGACAGGCGUGCGAAAUAGAAUACAAAAAGAUGAUCAGGGCAGUUUGAAUCGUAGUUCGCUUGAUCGUGAUAACGAUAGGCACCGCAAGGAGUUGAUUGAUUCUUCGAGUGAUCCAAAUUCGGCAGUUUCCUCAGAGAAUGAAAAAAUUGGCAGAGUAGCUACGCAUGAUAAUCCGGAUACUUCUCUAUCCUCUCGCCCACCUUAUCCGAGUUCGUAUCGGGUACUAGGAACCCAGGCGUUGAUUUUGGUUCCGACUCGGGAGCUCGCUCUUCAAAUAUACACGACAACGCGCCAGAUUUUGCAACCAUUUCCUCAUUUGGUCCCAGGAGUUAUCAUGGGAGGUGAAAAAAGAAAGGCAGAGAAGGCACGCCUUAGAAAGGGUGUGACUAUAUUAGUGGCAACGCCAGGACGCCUUUUAGACCAUAUAAACCAUACUAAAUCGUUUUUGUAUCACAACUGCCGUUGGUUAGUUCUAGAUGAAGGAGACAGAUUGCUUGAACUUGGCUUCGAAGAAAACAUACGUUCCAUUAUCCAGGCUCUGGAUUCAAAGUCUAAGCAUGGGCGUCGGUCCGUGUUGGCGUCAGCUACUCUCAACCAGCAUGUACAGAGGCUGGCUCUAUUGAGCUUAAAAAAUUAUGUUUAUUUGUCAUCGGAGAAUUCGCAGGAUUCAAAUCAGAACACUUUGUCUGAAGCGAUUUCAGAUUCUUCCGACCCUACCCCAUUUUUUUCCUCCGGGAUCUACGAGAUCCCUGCCACGUUGAAGCAGUACGCAGUAGUUAUAGAAGAGAAGAGAAAACUCAUCUUGCUAGUCGCAUUCUUAAAAACACUCUAUCAAGCGCCAAAAAUCAAAACCAUUAUCUUUUUUUCUAGCCGUGACUCGGUCGAGUUCUACUAUAUGGUCCUGUCUAAUUUGGAAAUUCAAGAACCUGAUAAGUUUAAUGGAAAGUCAGACGACGAAGCAGCUGAGCGCUUCAUCUCGGCUAAUUGGUUCAGACUUCACGGCGGUCUAAGUCAGACUGUCAGGAUGGCCACUUAUCAAUCAUUUUUGUCAAGCCAUCGCGGAAUCUUGCUCUGCACCGACGUUGCGGCCAGAGGAUUAGAUUUUCCUGCCGUCAACUGGAUUAUCCAAUACGAAGUUCCAUCUGAUCCUGCUGCCUACAUUCAUCGAAUCGGAAGAACGGCGAGAAUCGGUGCCAAUGGCAACGCACUGGUUAUUCUGUUCCCCUCAGAAACCGAGUAUUUGGAUAUUCUUAAGAAGAAACAAAUGAUGACAAUCCGGAACCUCUCCAGCGCUCAGAUCCUUGCACAACUCAACCUCGAGGGCGGGCAGAAGAACAGUAACAAACAACGCAACAUUUUGGCCGAAUGUUCUGUUUUGCAAAAAAAAAUUGAAGCUAUUGUCAACCACAGUUCUGAAAGUAACGAAGGGCUAAAAAAGUUGGCUGUCAAUGCAUUUCGAAGUUUUGUCAAGUCCUACGCCACUCACACAAAGUCCACUAAGAACAUCUUUCAUAUCAAGAAUUUACACCUUGGACAUUUGGCUAAAAACUACGGCCUUCUGCAACCCCCUUCUGUAUUCUUAAGCGAAUACAGCCAAAAAGGCGGCAAGGCUCUCCAAAAAAAGGCUACAAGCAAUCGGUCGGAGUCUAAGCCUAAAUUCAAAUCCUUGAGCGACAUCAAGGUAGAUGAAUUUUUGAUGUAAACCGCGCUUUGGAAAAAUUACACGCCACAAACCAAACAAGCUAUGUAAGAGAAAUGUCCUUCAUGUCGUCAAAUUUCAUGAAUAAUUGUAAAUACAACAAAAGCGUUUUAUUCAAUUGUUCAGUGCAGCUGUAUGUGAUGAGUGUUUCCACGUCCAGCUAUAUUAGGUUCGUUCGUUGAUUUCGGCUGGCAUUUUCAAUAUAAACACGUUUGAUUAAUAUAAAAUUGCACCUGUCUAUUCCAGAUGUGUGUUAAUUUGUUAUGUUCGCUGAAAUUGGAUAUAUUACUAAAUUAAUAUAGUACCUGCAUAUUUUUGUGUGUGGUACCAAGUUGAAUAGGUGUUCUAUUCUAGUUAUUUAUUGCUUUAUAUAGUUUUUGCCUAAAUAUGCAUAUGCUUUAUAUUGCUUUUCCGGAUAAUAGCACAGAAUUGAAAGGAGCCUAUAGAUGAUGUGAAAAGUACACAAAUUAUCCAAUCUAUCGAGUACAGGCUGAGUAAAUUCGAUCUUUGAUAUAAUUUAAUUCACUUUCGCUUCCAUUCCCACCAUCAAUGUGUUUUUUGAAGAAAGAGCAUUUAGAUAAAACUAAGCAAUCUAGUUUCUUUGCGAAUACAGGACAAACACUACUAGGGGUAGUUUGAAGCUUUUGGUUAAAUGAUUGGUAUAAUAUAUAUGAUCCUACUAUGUUGUUUCCGUCAAUCACAGUUAUGUCAAAUUCUUCAAAAUUGAUAAAUUCGUUACCCAGUGCUAUAAAGACUAUCUCUUUUUACAGAACCAGACUCUCCCUAUAAAAUAUGAACAUAUCUAGUGUUAGACGAUAUAUAGGCUCCAUAUAAUCCUACAAUAUAGUUCUUGUUAGAAUUAGCAACCAAAGUCUAAAAUUUUAAACUUCAUCAUUUAAAAGCUUUUCUAUGUAUCUUAGUUUUGGAUUUAAAUUACACGUAUUAGGUGGACGAACAUAUCGGUCCUUAUUAAUGUGGUAUUCGCUAUUUACUACAUAUACAUGAUAAUGAUUAUUUAUAUAUGAAACUGC